AUGGCUUUCGCCGAUGCCGAGAAGCAAAAAGGUUUCGACAAAGAAAUCAAAGAACUCAUCUCUUCUCUCACAACUCGCGUAUCGAGUAUUCAGAAAAAUGGAGGCGAUUCAACUCAACAUAAUACUCAAGACGACAAUGGAGUCAGUAUCAUCACAUUGGCCGGCACCAACCUCGGAGCCACCAUGCGCGGCGACAUGGACCAGACACCUGCAGUCCCACAAGGUAUCGGACUGGGAGGCACUGAAGAGUUGACUACAUGUGUGAAUAGUAAUUUUCAAGCUAUUAACAACUCUAUAAUGCUCGGAGGUAGUUAUGAUACGAAAGAUCCGGGUGUUCAUUUGGACAUAUCGGAGUACAUGGAUCACAGUGCACAUCACCUCAAGCAUGGGAAGAAGGCAAAGAAGAGUGAAAGGGGAGGCUCCAAAAGUGACCAUCACAAUGAACGUCAUUCUGACUAG